ACAAGUCAGUUGUAGACUGAUUCUCCUUGAUCUACUGAGAGAAAUAUUGCCUGGUAUCAAAUGCAGCUCUGUGUAAGGCCAGGGGCAGCUGGAUGGAGAAUCAGCUCAAGACCAGGCUAGAAGAUAAUACCUUGAAAUAGCACUGGCUCUUGACUGGUUUAACAGCUUGAUCUGAUUCAUCUGUUCAGCCAGUGCAGCACCAAGACAGUGGAAGAAAAAUAAGUCAUGCUGAAAAAUUAGUGCACACAUGAGAGAACACAAACAGAUCCAAAAAAGCUAACAACAAAAAUCCCUUUCCAGUUUGCAGGGACUGCCUGCAGCUGUGUGCACCAGGACAAGGAUUUUGGAAAACCUGCUCUGUGCUGCCCAGAAAUCCCCAUCUCCAGUCUCUCCAGUGGAUGAGAGAUGACAUACCUGCCUGGUUUGCAAGAAGCAAUGAGAGGCAAUAACAGAGUUAGACCAUCACUGGGUGCUUCUGACCCCCUGCACACACAGGCACCCCAGCUGCACCAUUCUCCCUAAACCCCUCCCUGCCACCAGCAGCUGUGAUGGCACUGUGGUGCCAGGUGAAGGUGUUUGGAGCAGGCAGACGUGUGUCAUCUCACCUGCUGAAACUUCUUCCCAUCAUGGAGUCGUGCAAGCCCUCAGACAGGACGGGCUGCAUCCCCAUCAAUUCUGGGCAUUGUAAAGUCAAUAUGAAAAAUCUGGCAGGUGGAGCUCAUGCUGGCACCUCAUUUUGAGCUCCUCUGAACUGUCCUGGUCUUCUUGGCGUGAAGGCUCUGUGCUGGUUUUAAUGGGGCUUUCAUGAAGGUUGUUUCUGGAAUGAGCACAGCUGGCAGUGAUGCAGCACCCCAGGGAACACCCCUGCCUUUGUGCAGAGCACAGGAUGGAGCAGGGCUCUCCAGCUGCUCUCUGGGCUCGGCGUGAAGCUGUGAGGUUUGUGAGGGACUGAAGCAUGAACUGCCCCCCUGGUGCAGGUGUGAGUAACAAAGGAGAAGGAGGAAAAGGCUGAUAAUCAAAGAAAGAUAAAAUAGCAAAAAAAGAUCAACCCUCCUGUUCACGCAGUGUGAGAAAGUACUAAUGGUUAACUCACUCUCAUUGUGGACCAGAAGGAAAAAAUGCAAUUGCAGAGGAAAAGCGAAGUUUACCUAGCAAAGUGAAUUUGUCCUUCACUCUGCCGGAUUAUUGCUGUUAUUUGCUCUUCACUCUUAGAGGGAUAAAGAGAAAUCGUCGUGCAAAUGACCCUGGGCUAUGGCACAGCCCUCUCUGCACACACACACACACAGGAUGCAAACACUGCCUUUGCAAUUGAGGAGGAUAAUUGAUGCUGUGACGCGUGGGAGCCCACAGGAGUCCUGAGGAGCUCAGGUAUAAAAGGCAGAGUUGCACCUCCCUGGCAGCCAGAGGACACCGGCGGGUCCGGGAGUGCCCUCCCUGCCGGGCACCGACCCCGCGGGCUCCCGGAGGCAGCGCCCCAGGAGAAGCUGGAUUUGCAGCAGGGAAGGAGCUGAUCCAGGAAGAGCUGCUUUUCUCCAGGAACGGUGAUGCAAAGCCAGCCACAACGAGGCACAGGGAGGCACUUAAAAGGAUUUCUGCUUUUCUAAUGCAGCAUUUCAGGGUGACUCCAAGGGGUGGAAGAUGCUGGAUAAGGUCACCCUGCUCCUGUUCCUGCAUUUGGUCACAUGCUCCAUCUCCUCGCCUCUCUACCCAGCUCUCAGGUUCGGUCCAGGGCCGGUUGCUGGCAAGGCCAUGAGCUUCCAGCUGCAGCACAGCAGCUCCCUGCAGAGCCACAGCCCCCUGGCACAGGAGCAGGAGGAGGAGGGGUUGUUAACAGACCCCACUGAGAAAAGGAUGCAGCGCCACGCUGAUGCCAUAUUCACUGACAACUACAGGAAAUUCCUGGGGCAGAUUUCAGCCCGAAAAUUCCUCCAGACCAUCAUUGGCAAGAGGCUUGGAAGCAGCGAGAGCAGCCCAGGGGAAGGGGUGCAGGAGCUCCUGAGCAGGCGCCAGUCCGACAGCAUCCUGAUGGACAGCCAGUACCAGCAGCACAUGGUGCUGAGGGACUUCCUGGGAGCCAUCCUGCAGAGCCAAAGGCCUCAGGACAUUGACAGCAGUGGCCUGGAAGGCUUUCCCAGCUCCCUGGCCAAGCUCAUGUAAAUACUUCUCCCUUUUCCACCUCCCCGUGCUCUGAAUAAUUCAGAGCUCAUGGACCAAACUGUACAGUGAGCCCUUCAUGGCAGUGAAGACACUCCCAGAUGUGAGCAGCUGGAAACUGAUGCAUACACUCCUCAGAUCUGAUCAAAGGAAUGCAGUGCUGAAGCACUACUUAAUUUAUUCCAGCCUUUACAAUUUAACUCCCCUCUUGAAAUACUGCUCUGUACUAAAUCAGAAAAAAAACCACCUCUGUGGUUUAACCUCAGGCUGCUUUACACAGAGACUAAAACAAGCAACACACUUGUAAUCCUGGGGAUAUUCUGUCUGCUAAUUAAGGUUUCAAAUCACAAAGUGUGGCAAAAUUUCUGCCAAGUCAUCUUUCUGUUUGAGGGCCUGAUUAAUAAAUAUGAGGCCACCAAAAGGCACCUUUAGGCAACUUAUCAAAUUGAUUACAGCGUUCUCUAAAUUGAUGCUGAUGGCACAACCACACACAGCAGGGAUCAGGGUGAGGUGAGAGAUGAAUCCACACAUCUCCCAUUCAUGGGAAACGCUGUCCAGGGCUGCUGCUGCCUGGCUGCCUGACACAGAAUGAACUCUGAAAUGCUCAGCUAGGGUUCCUGCUCAGCCUUGAGGAGUUCAAGCUGAAGGUACAGCCCUGCCAGAACUAAAGGAGAUCCCUGUGCAUCAGAUUGGGCUGUCACUGUUUUAACUCAAACCUCCUGUUGAGUGCCAUCCCCUGGCUCCGAAUCCACCGUGGCUACAGUUACAGCUGUAAAUGUUUUAAAAGCAGUAAGUUAUUAGCCCAGUGAUCUCAUACAGCUCCUUGCUCCCUCUCACCCCAAUCCCCCUGUUGUUUGUGUAAUAGUUAUGUCUUCAGAAAUGUAAAUAACACCGGGAUGGGGUCUGCUUUCCCAUCAGCAGCAGGAAAUAAGAGUCGUUGUAAAUAAACCUGUCCAACAGCAGGUCAAGAUGGCUCUUUUGUUGAGACCUUCUCUUGGUUCUGGGCCCAGAAUGGAAGAUGCUCCUCAGAGACAGCUGUCAAGUGCACCAAGGAUGACUCAAAACUGGGCUAACGCAGGCACUAGCUCCAGUACCAAUAACACCAGGCUGGAAACACAGUGAUGUGUAAAUGUGUGUUAAGGCAUUUGAAAUCUUCCCUCCUUGCACUCCAACAAUUCCUUGUUAGUCUGCUGUAGUUACCAUCACCAGGUGCCAUGUUUUAGGAUAGCAGCUCCAGUGUGCAUGGAAAUGAUUUCAUCCUUGCA